CCCCGCGCGGGGCGCGCCCCAGUCCCUCCGCCUCCCGGAGGCCCGGGGCUGCCUCUUCGGGCCGCGCUGGGGCCGCCCCGCACUGCGCAUGAGCGUGAGCCCGGCGAGCCCGUGAGAGGAGCCGCCGCCGCCGCCGCCGUCCAUUCGCUGCGGAGCCGGAGGAGGAGGGGAGAGGCCUGGAGGACACCAACAUGAACAAGUUGAAAUCAUCGCAGAAGGAUAAAGUUCGUCAGUUUAUGAUCUUCACACAAUCUAGUGAAAAAACAGCAGUAAGUUGUCUGUCUCAAAAUGACUGGAAGUUAGAUGUUGCAACAGACAAUUUUUUCCAAAAUCCUGAACUUUAUAUACGAGAGAGUGUAAAAGGAUCAUUGGACAGGAAGAAGUUAGAACAACUAUACAAUAGAUACAAAGAUCCUCAAGAUGAAAAUAAAAUUGGAAUAGAUGGUAUACAGCAGUUCUGUGAUGACCUGGCACUGGAUCCAGCCAGCAUUAGUGUGUUGAUCAUCGCGUGGAAGUUCAGAGCAGCAACACAGUGCGAGUUCUCCAAACAGGAGUUCAUGGACGGCAUGACAGAAUUAGGAUGUGACAGCAUAGAAAAACUAAAGGCCCAGAUACCCAAGAUGGAACAAGAAUUGAAAGAACCAGGACGAUUUAAGGAUUUUUACCAGUUUACUUUUAAUUUUGCAAAGAAUCCAGGACAAAAAGGAUUAGAUCUAGAAAUGGCCAUUGCCUACUGGAAUUUAGUGCUUAAUGGAAGAUUUAAAUUCUUAGACUUAUGGAAUAAAUUUUUGUUGGAACAUCAUAAACGAUCAAUACCAAAAGAUACUUGGAAUCUUCUUUUAGACUUCAGUACAAUGAUUGCAGAUGACAUGUCUAAUUAUGAUGAAGAAGGAGCAUGGCCUGUUCUUAUUGAUGACUUUGUGGAAUUUGCACGCCCUCAAAUUGCUGGGACAAAAAGUACAACAGUGUAGCACUAAAGGAACCUUCUAGAAUGUACAUAGUCUGUACAAUAAAUACAAUGGAAAAUUGCACAGUCAAUUUCUGCUGGCUGGACUGAACUGAAGAUCAAUCCUCGCAAUUCAGACUGAGGGUUGAGACAAAACUUUAAGGAUACAUCUUGGACCAUAUCGUAUUUCAUUCUUCUAAUGGUGGUUUGGGCUUGUCUUCUAGUCUGGGCCACUCUAAACAUUUAUUAUUCCAACAUUGUGGAUUUCAUCUUAUAUCUGUGGACCAUCCUAGUUUAUUCUCCCAUAAGUCUUAGAAGCUUUAUGGUGAUUAUUUUGAAGUUUCCAUUCUUGCAUAAAGCACAAUGCUGUCUUCAUCAGAAAACAGUUUGGCAUAAGAAUUAAACAUGUGAACAUCACAAUUUAUAAAAACUUCUUAAAUAUAUGCUUUGGGCUAGUUGCAAAGACUAUGCUGAUAGCACUUCCAGUGAGAGUGAUAUAUUUAAGUGUACCAGAUCUGGAAUGGUGUUUUGGUAUGGGGGGUUUUUUUUUUUUUUCCUGGCAAAUCACAUGUAUUGUUAACGUGAGUAGAGUAUCUGUUGAAAAAAAAGUCAAAAUAACCAACGUGAAAAAUUUUUAGGAUAACUUGGUGUGCCUACCCAAAAUUUUACUGUGUUUUAGACCCUCGAUUUCAGAAGGUUCCACAGAACUAGUCUGCACUUAUCUUACCCAUGUUUAUAUAUAAUUGUCUUACAGGGGGUUUUAUUUAGAAAAACAUCUGCAUAAUGUUAGAGUCUACUCCUGUCUACAUUAUGCACUCCAUAAUUGGAUUUCAUUAUGAUUUUGAAACG